UUUUUAAAAUAUUUUUUAAAAAGUUCUUUCAUGAAAAAAUAGUUGAAAUAAGGGAAGAGAAAAAAAAAACUUGCCAUUAUUAUAUUCAAUCUUCAACGCAACCACUAUCAAGGAAAUAAAUGAUAAAACCAUUUUGAAACUUUCUGAAACUUCAUAGUUUUCCUGGAAAAGUAAAUGCGAUGAAUAGUACAUCACCAGCUCACUCUGUGAUAUCAGGCUCGGCUGUUGUAGGAGGAGGAAGUAGUAGUACUGCUUUGGCAUCGGAAGAUUUCCCUCUCCCUUCCGACCCCAUCUCCAUCCAAGAUCGAAAGGACGAGGCCCUACUCGUUCUGAAAUCUGAUUUGAUGGCUGCACUUAACAAGGAAGUUAAAUCCUUGGAUGAAGAUAACUGGAAGUUUGAUGGUCCUCGCUCCCGUAUUCACCUUUUAUCAAGACCAGGUGGUGUUCUCCACAAGCGGGUGGAAAGUACAAAUCAUCGCAACUUCCCCUUCCCAAAAUGAUUGGAAGUUCUUCAAAUAAGCAGCAUCUUAGAUGUGUGGAGUAUCAUUAAGAGGUUCUGCUUCUUUGACCAUCAGAAAUUGAUCCUAGCUACUCAUCUGGUGGGUUAAUCUUAAGUAGCAUAUGGCUGUAGAUCGUUUUAAGGACUGAGACCUUUGGGUCUGUUGCUUUCAUACAAUUUCAUGAAAAGUCUCCUCCCUUUUCUUUUCUUUUCUUUUAAUUAUUUGGAAAAAGUGAGUAAAACUUAUCAAGAAGCAAAUUGGUCAAUGUCUAAUUUUCUGCUUCUCCUGACUGUUAAUAGCAUACAUUGUUAUUUUGUAUUGACAGACAGACAUCUAAAAGAAAAAAAAAAAAAUUGUGAAACACAAUGGUCUGUUACAUUUUGGACAA